AUGUAUCGACUGUUUCUCCUACCAGCCCUGGUCAUCGCCUUUGAUGACGCACCGACUAUGGAUCCGAGAAUCCCCACUAUGAGGCCCCAUGAUGCCCAAUCUGAUUCCUGUGCUGAUUAUAUAAUAACUAGCAAUUUCCAGUUAAACUACAAUGAUUUCCUCACGGCAUUCUCAAACACAACGUUUUUCGAGAAGUUCUGCAACAUCUAUCAUAACUUUCAACAUUGCUCGUCCAAAUGCGAACCAGGCUAUCUGCAUCAACUUCUUAUGAAGAGUGCUGAGAUCAUCGAUCAUUACUGUGUUUACAACUUUGAAGGUGAAUUCAAGUUCCUUACUUUAUCCUUCGAAGCCAUCCGCACGAAAUUUCCCUGCCUGGAGUUCGUCCAAUCGAACACGGACUGCAUAAAAUCAUGUACUCGUCAUCAUGAUGCCGUCACGUCGCUCGUCAAUAACUUCCGUCAUCUGGCCAUGAACGGCGAUUCAACUCGGGCAGAACAGUACCUGGCAGAAAGCUGCGAGUAUGUGACGUGUACGCUGCACUGUGAUGUGCCAGCCAUCGCCCACCGCUGUGACUUUGAAACGGCUAACCUCGUCAUUGAUCUGACUCGACGAUCCUUCGCCAGUAUGGAGAAGCUGGCUUUGGACGCAAAUGUUAUCAGCAAAUGGCCAGCUGUUUGCUCGGACAUUAAGACCUAUCGACUGCCAUCACCAGCAAACCCUCCAAAAGAAAUCGAUGUCGUAGCACAGAGUCAAGGACUUCCCGAGGGUGCUAAAAAUGUAACAUCGCCAACAACGGCAGCGAUGUCUAAGGGAACAAGUUAUUCUGCUAUUCCUGCCCUUUUACUGCUCCUGUUGACUCUUGCUUUACAGUAA